AUGUUUGCGUCGCUUUUCGCCGCUUUAGUGUCAGUGUGUGCAGUGUGGGCACAGGAGCAGCACGAUCUGCUCUGGUCCAGCCUGAGGUCCCGGCUCCAGGACUUUGAGGUCUUGGACUGGUCUGAUCUUCAGACUCACUCGGUCCAACGCAGAGACCUGGAACCACAGACCCACCGAGAGAGACUGCUGAGCUUCAGGGCCCUGAGCAGACAUUUCCGGCUUUACCUGAGGACCAAUCAAGAGCUGUUCACAGACAACUUCCGGGCGGUGGUCGUCGAGGGCGGAGUCCAGCAAGAUUAUCCAGUGAACAGAGAGAACUACUACACCGGCCACGUGAUCGGUGAAGAACAUUCUAGAGUUCAGGCUCACAUCGAUGGCUCAGAGUUCUCUGCUCGAAUCCUGACGAACAAUGGAGAAUUCAAUAUCGAGCCCCUGUGGAGGUUCACAGCGCCCCCUGAUGGCCGCCUGCUGGUGUAUCGCUCUGAGGACAUAAAGGAGCUGAGAUCACAAAGACAUUCUCCAGUCUGCGGAUACAUGACCCCCAGCGCCCCCCUGUGGUCUGGCGAGGGGGGAGCAGCGGGGGAGAGGGGGGAGGAGAGAGGGGAGACGGCGUGGCGUGUGCGUCGUCACGUGCACGACCACCGCAGGAACACAUGUGCGCUGCUGCUCGUCGCUGAUCACAGAUUCUUCACAAACAUGGGACGAGGAGAAGAGAGCACUACCAUCAACUACCUGAUAGAGCUGAUCGAUCGAGUAGAUGACAUUUAUAGAAACACUUCGUGGGACGCAGAGUUCAGCGGCUAUGGAGUCCAGAUCCAACAGAUCAUCAUAGAGAAGUCUCCCACCGCGGUGCUUCCGGGACAGAACCACUUCAACAUGGAGGGGAGUCCAGUGAGCGGCCGCGACGUGUGGGACGUGAAGAGCCUGCUGGAGCAGUUUUCUGUGGACGUCGCAGAGAACGCGUCUAACGUGUGUCUGGCUCAUCUCUUCACGUAUCAGGACUUCGACGACGGGACAUUGGGCCUAGCGUAUGUGGCCCCGGCCCGACCCGACACCCCAGGGGGCCUCUGUUCCAAAGCGUGUCCCGCGUCUUCAAACACACAGAAGAACAUGUAUUUAAACACAGGCCUCACCAGCACCAAGAACUACGGCAAAACCAUCCUCACCAAGGAGGCAGACCUGGUCACCACUCAUGAACUCGGUCAUAACUUCGGAGCGGAGCACGAUCCGGACAAAAUGGCAGAGUGUGCGCCGCGAGACGAUCAGGGCGGAAAGUACGUGAUGUACCCCAUCGCUGUGAGCGGCGACCACAGCAACAACAAGUUCUUCUCAUCGUGUUCAAAGCGCUCAAUCCUCCAGAGGCUGCGGUGGAAAGCUCCGUCGUGUUUCAAAGUGCGGACCGUGAACGUGUGCGGGAACUCUCGUGUGGAGGAGGGGGAGGAGUGUGACCCCGGCCUCACCCACCUGACCACUGACCCCUGCUGUGACCCUGAGUGCAAGCUCCGCCCCCAGGCUCGCUGCAGCGACAGGAACAGCGCCUGCUGCAGGAACUGUCAGUUUGAAACCAGAGGAAGAGUUUGUCAGGAACCGAUCGAGGCCACAUGUGAAGGAUACUCCUACUGCACUGGCAACAGCAGUGAAUGCCCCGCCCCCCUGAGCGCCCCUGACAACAGCUCGUGUUUGGACAGUGGGUCCUGUGUGGGCGGAGUCUGUGUCCCGUUCUGUGAAGUGGAAUUGAAGCUUCCGCCCUGCGCCUGCAACGACUCCGCCUCCUCCUGUAAGGUGUGCUGUAUGUCCAACAGGGGGCAGUGUGCUCCGUAUCAGGACAGUCUCGGAGACUUCCUGUUCCUGAGGAAAGGCAAACCCUGCACCGAGGGAUUCUGCGACGGAGACGGCCGGUGUAUGAAGCAGGUGCAGGACGUGAUAGAGAGACUGUGGUUGUUCAUAGAGAAACUGGACAUAAACACAUUUGGGAAGUUUCUGGCCGACAACAUAGUGGGCUCAGUGCUGGUCUUCUCUCUGGUCUUCUGGAUUCCACUGAGUGUCCUUGUGCACUGUGUGGAUCGUAAACUGGAUCAGCAGUACGAGCAGAACACCAAGAACAUGUUAUUCCCCAGUAAUGCAGAGCUACUGAGCAGUCUGGACUCGGCCUCAGUCCGGAUCUUCAAACCUUCGUUCCCGUCGAUGAUGAGGUUCCAGACAACGUUUGGGCCCAACCAGACAAGCACCCCCCCAGUGUCCUGCUCCGAGGCCCCGGGAUCCCCCACAGGCCCCCUCAUCGAGCCACCCAUGAUGGUGGAAGCACACAGAAUGGACACGAUUCAAGAGCUGCCGGACGACAGCUACAACAAGAGUCCGGUCUACAGCAGGGCCGGACCGCACCAGGUCUACAGCAGGGCCGGACCGGACCAGGUCUACAGCAGGGCCGGACCGGACCAGGUCUACAGCAGGGCCGGACCGGACCAGGUCUACAGCAGGGCCGGACCGGACCAGGUCUACAGCAGGACCGGACCGGACCAGGUCUACAGCAGGACUGGACCGGACCAGGUCUACAGCGAUUUCAGACACCGCAGCCCCAAAGAGACUCAGUGCUAG